AGAGAGAGAGAGAGGCUGCACGUGCGUCACACAGCGCGAGCUCCAGAGCCCAGCCAAAGACAGCAGACAAACGCACCGGCCACCGCACUUCAUUCCCAGUUAGCUCCGCCCUUCUUCCCGUAGCUCUUCCCGUGCGCCUUUUUGUUGUUGUUGUUGUUGGUGUUGGUUUUUAUCGCUCGUAGUAGCCAAAGUGCUGGAAAGGGCGUGAUUCUCGACAUGCUCGCGCUCGGAGCUUAGCGGCAUCAAAGCACAGCGAGUAGCGCACGAGGCGAGGAAUGCCAUCUGAGCAUCAAUGUUUCACUGGGGCAAGUGGAAGAAGAGGAUGGGCGCCAACAGCUCCUCCAAGAGACCGGUCUUCGACGAGAAAGAGGAUGUGAAUUUUGAUCACUUCCAGAUUCUCCGAGCCAUUGGCAAGGGCAGUUUUGGGAAGGUGUGUAUCGUGCAGAAGCGGGACACGGAGAAGAUGUAUGCCAUGAAGUACAUGAACAAACAGCAGUGCAUAGAGCGAGAUGAGGUCCGAAACGUCUUUAGAGAGCUAGAGAUCCUACAGGACAUUGAACAUGUUUUUUUAGUCAACCUCUGGUACUCGUUCCAGGAUGAGGAGGACAUGUUUAUGGUAGUAGAUCUGCUGCUGGGAGGAGACCUGCGCUACCACUUACAGCAAAACGUCCAGUUCACAGAGGAGGCAGUCAAAGUCUACCUAUGUGAGAUGACUUUGGCACUGGACUACCUGCAAAGCCAGCACAUCAUACACAGGGAUAUCAAACCAGAUAAUAUUCUGCUGGAUGAACAAGGUCAUGCUCACCUGACCGAUUUCAACAUUGCUACAAUUAUCAAAGAUGGAGAGAGAGCCACAGCUUUAGCUGGAACCAAGCCAUAUAUGGCUCCUGAGAUUUUCCAGUCAUUUGUGAGUGGAGGGACUGGCUAUGCGUUUGAAGUGGACUGGUGGUCUCUAGGGGUGACAAUUUUUGAGGUCCUGCGUAGCUGGAGACCAUAUGACAUCCAUGCCAGUAACUCAGUGGAGUCUCUGUUGCAGCUCUUCAGCACAGUCAGUGUGCAGUACUGCUCCUCCUGGCACAAAGACCUUGUCUCCCUGCUGCGCAAGCUGUUAACUGUAAACCCAGAGCACCGAUUCUCUAGUCUGGCUCACAUGCAGACAGCCCCCUACCUCUCAGACGUCAACUGGGACGCUGUUUACGAGAAGAAGAUGGAGGCUGGAUUUGUUCCCAAUAAAGGUCGUCUGCAUUGUGACCCUACCUUUGAGCUGGAAGAGAUGAUUUUAGAAUCUCGCCCGCUACAUAAAAAGAAAAAGCGGCUGGCCAAGAACAGAUCCAGAGACAACAGCAAGGAUUCCCAGUCUGAGAACGACUAUCUACAGGAGUGCCUUGAAGUCGUGCAGCAAGAGUUCAUGAUCUUCAACCGGGAAAAGUUGAAGAGGAGACAGGAGGAAGGCUGCAUGGGGGGAGAGGGGGAAGGAGCAGAGGGAGAGGGAGAAGGAGAAGGAGACCCUGACAGAGAGGGGGAGGAGGCAGAGGGAGGUACGGAGGACGAAGAAACUGAGGCCGAACCCGAGACCUCCAAGCUGAGCAUGUGCGGCUCAGUCUGCUCAUCCGCAGGCAGCUCCUAGCGCCUCCCGCUGGUCUCUCAGUGCGCUCACCAUGCCUAUAAAGCCCUCAGCGUGGCCCUCUGACUGCUAGCACGGAGAGACGGCCGCAUUAGAGCCCAAAAUGGCUCCUUCCCAGUAGCAUUUACCACAGUACAGUUUGGGUUAUGCCUGUACGAGCAGCAACACGGCCUCUACUUUCUCUCUGUCCCUUUCUACAUGGCCCCUAGAGUAAGCUCUAACUUCUAUGCAACAUAACUGUACAGCAUGAUGUAAAGUAGACAUUUUAGAGGUAACAAACCGCACAGAUGCUGCCUGAGAAACGCAUGAUGACACCCAGAGCAAUAGGACUCUGUAGGAGUGUUCACAUGACAAGGGCAGCAGAACGAGGAUGAGCAAAUGCUGUUUUCUGUGGAGAGAGCAGUUAAUUAUUGAAUAGGUGAAAGCUCUCUGAACUUUAGACUAGCUUUGUUUGCUCUUUCAGCUCUGAAAGCAGGUCGCCACUUACUAAUGGUUUAGCUUUCAGUUCAUUUCUAUAGAGGCAACAGUCUUUAAACAGGUAGAAGGACAAACUGCUUGGCACCUGAAAAGAGUCGAGUAAGGGAAAUCUGUCGCGUCUCUAAUGUUGGAAAAAUGGUCCAUGCUUUGUCGCAAGCAAGUCCUAUUCUUGUUGCAAAUAAAUAUAUCAAAGGAGUCGAACCUCAUUGCUUGGGAGUCACUUUCUUAACCUUGAGUCAGUAUCUGUUGUGGUGUUAAUGUGAAUGACUUGUUUUUGUAACUCUUGUCUUUAUGAGCUAGCUGCUUCUGACCAGGACUCUGUUCACUGGUGACCUGUUGCCAAGUCAGUUUGUGUUUCUCCCUCUGACUGUUAGAGUUUAUUAAGAUGUUUGUUUCUGGAGGGCUCGGUGUUCAGCUGUAGAGAGUGCGUCAGUGUAGAUGACACCACAGUGUGCUUUCAGUAUGUACUCUAGUUCCCUUCCAUUCCUGCUGCUUAUGAACUACUCAUAUUCCCUCCACCAGGGGAGUAAGCUUAAUUUACCUCUAUAGGAAUCCAUUUUAUUAUCACAUUUGAUUAAGGUAAUUGACGAUACUCUUGACAAUAAGCGUGUAGUGUGAAAUUUGGGGACUGUGUUCUGCGUUGAUGUGGCUUAAGCACUCCCCCUAGUGGACAAGAUGGGGCUUUUCUUUAGAGUAGAGUUGUUUCUGUACUUUAUGAAUAUGAUAGUGGUUGUUUUAAGGUGGUGCCAUCUAUCUCAGUUGUGACAUGUGAGAACAUGUAGCAUUCUCCACCUUAAAUUGUCAUUGUCUAAUUCUGUAAAACAUGUACAUAGCUAAAAGCAGAACCUUUUCUCCACAGUUUUAUGUGGGUGCGCUUACCUAACCUAAAAAAAAGUAUGAACGAAAACAGAUGGAAAAUAUAGUGAUAUAACAAAAGGCCGCUGUAUGAAGCUAUGCCUUCAUACAGUGACGUUUAACUUCUAUUUCCAAGUGUGCAGGCACAACUUGUAGGCAAAAACGCCAAAGCUUUUGUACCAUUUGCAUAGCCAUUUCUAAAUAAAAUGAGUGCCUGUGUGUGUUUGUAUUCGUCUGGUUAAUAUGUGUGUUUGCAUAUGUGUGUGUGUGUGUGUGUCUGUCUGUCUGUCUGUCUGUCUGUCUGUGCGUGUGUAUGCGUGUGUGUAUUUGUCUAGUUAAUGUGCGUGUGGGUGUGGGAGAGUGUGUAAGUAGUGCAUAGGACCAAUGUAACAUUUGUAAACAAGCAUUUAUUGUAGUAAGUGAAAACAUGGAAUGUUUCUGGAAUUAAACAUACUAUAAGCAUCAAGUGAAUAUGAAUGGAAAAAAAGCACUGUAAUUUGUUAAAGAAAUUACUAUACUGAGGCCAUAGCGUACUAAAUAAACAUCAGAAUUUUUGCAUGUACCACUAUUUGCAAUGGAAUCUUGCGGAAGGGCAUAAGGUCAUAGCUGUGUCUCUUUGUCCGACGCCUUUGCCACUAAAGUGAAAACUUACUGUUAAUCAUCGGGACAAUGACGGCGCUUCUGCCAGUGGCAUCACUGCUCUGUUUUCCAUACUUUAGGACUGCUUUAUCAAUUGAAGAUGUUUGACUGUACAAAGCAAAGCAUUGUCUCCAAAUAAAUGUGGAUGGCAUGAUAUGUAUGAAUAGAUUCUAUUUAACUUUUGGCAUCCCAUAGAUUGUUUUGAUGAUUCUGAAAAUAUUAAUAAAAUGUUUAAGUGCA